GGGACCAAGAACGGACCCCUGAGGGACACCACUACAUACUGGCAACGCACUCGAAAAACAAUUCUUACAACUAACAUAUUGUUUUCUGCCAAACAAAUAUGAAAAAAUUAGCUUGUCAACUUGUUCCGAUAUCUGACUUGGACAAAAUAGAAGAGAAUGUUGUGUUACGACAGCACAGUAAUAAUAUUCAGACCCUGCGAGAGCUAGUUAGGAACAUGCGUCCCGACAAUGAGACAGAUAUCCACGCAUUGAAAACGGAACUUUUAAAACUGCCAAAUUCAACGCACCCUAGAUUGAGAGACUAUGGAGAUGACCCUAAGCAAGUUGAACUUUUUGAACCAAACGGGUAUAGUAAUGUUAAAGCCACAGAAUUUUCUGAAGCAUCUAAAUACAUGAAUAUAUUCCGAAUGGACCAUUUGGGAAAUUAUACAGGUCACAAGAGUUACUACUUGUUUGGGAAAUUAGCUGAAAUGGAGCAUGCCAUUAAAGAAUAUGCGGUAGACAAAUUAAUAGAAAAUAAUUUCAAUUUAAUUUCUGUGCCAGAUAUAUUGCCAAGGAGUACAAUAGAAGGAUGUGGCAUGCAGGCGGAUGGUGAAAGAACGCAAGUUUACAAAUUAGAUUCUGGAUUAUGUUUGUCUGGAACCUCCGAAAUGGCGCUAGCAGGUUUCUUUGAGAACAAAAUACUCGAGGAAAGUGAACUCCCUGUAAAAGUAGCUGCAGUAAGUCGUUGCUAUAGAGCGGAAACGUCUGGAUUAACCGAAGAAAAGGGCAUAUACAGAGUUCACCAAUUUACCAAAGUUGAAAUGUUCUCAAUAUGCAAUGAUACUCAGUCGGAAGAUAUGUUGGAACAGUUUAAAAAUUUGCAACUUGAUCUUUUUAAAAAAUUGGGUCUCAAAAUUCGAUUAUUGGAUAUGCCACCCGUCGAACUUGGUGCUCCUGCAUAUCAGAAGUAUGACAUUGAAACAUGGAUGCCUGGGCGCGAAACAUGGGGUGAAAUAUCAAGUUCCAGUAAUUGCACAGAUUAUCAGGCAAAACGACUUAAUAUCCGAUUCAGAACCAAAGAUGGCACUAUUAGGUAUGCUCAUACUGUUAAUGGAACCGCGGCCGCAAUACCAAGAUUGUUAAUAGGGUUGCUGGAAACACAUCAGGUCGACUCCAAUAUAAUUCAAGUCCCUGAAGCUAUUGCCAACUAUAUGAAUACCAAUACCAUUUCCCGAGAGAAGCUUAUCCCAGAAAUAAAAUUGUUAAAACAC